UUUUUUUUCCUCCAAAAUCUUAAAAACUGGAAAAAAGAAAAUAACGUGAAUGCAAAAGAAAGUAACAGAGAGAAAAUGUUGUCUUUAGACUUACCAUCUGAGGAAUCAAAGAAUCUUUUUUCAAGGAAAGUAAAACAAAAACCCAAGUUUUGAAGAGAGAAGAAAGGAAAAAAAAACUGUUUAUUGGGUGUUUUUUUGCUUUGGGAUUUAGAUUUGGUCUUCUACUUGCAUGAAAGAGAGUGUUAAGGGGAAGAGAAUGAUUUUCAAUUCGUCAUUUGUUACUGGUGUGGAAGUUGAUUUCAAUGGGCGUAUGUAGCUUUUGAAGAAUAUAUUCUGGAUGGCAAAUCUGAGAUCAAAUUGGUCAUGAGAAUGCUUGUUGGAACAUGCUUGAGCCAAGAGAAGCUGAUAUACCCGCAUUGUUUCUGGUCUUGGUGGUGCUUCCUCUGGUUGCUUAUUUCUUGCUUGGGAAAUGGAGUGAGGUUUCAAAGAAACGAGAUAAGAUUAGCGUACUUGCGUAUCUUGCCGCUGAAGAAGCUCUUAUAGCAGAAAGAAUGGCUGCUGCCAGUGUUAUUCCAGUUGCUCCUAUUUCGAAGAAGGGAUUGCAUGUGUGUGCUAGGUGUUUUGGUCCAGCUACAACUCGCUGCUCGAGAUGCAAGGCAGUCAGAUAUUGUUCUGGGAAGUGCCAGAUUAUUCAUUGGAGGCAAGUUCAUAAGGAAGAAUGCCUGCAGUUGGAGAGUGAAAGCUCAAGCUCAAGCUCAUUUCCUAGUGUUGCCUCAUUUGAAGAAUCUGCGCUACUCAGUGACAACAUGAAUUCACAGUUCUCUGAGUACAUUAAUAAGCAGUUUGCCAAGGAAAAUGCAGAUAACAUAAAUCAUUGUCCCAUAACCACUGGUUUAUUUGAUAACGGGGAUUGUUCUACUACCUACACCUCUCAAGUCUGUGCACCAGAGAAACGUACAGACAAAAGAAUUUCUCGUCAUUCCAAUGGAGAAAUACUAAGAAGAGAGGAUGCAGAUGUAUUUGAUUCUUGUGAUGAGACCUCGAGGACUAGAGCAACUAGUUCGACACCAAAUAAUAUUUCUUCAAAAGAAGCUCAUAGAAGGCAUAAGUCGAGAACUAGUGGCUUUGUUGUAUCCGAAGAUGGAAUCUUAAAACAGCAAAAUGCCAAUGGCUCUAACAUGCAUAUUCAUGGACAAAAUGCAAGUACUGACAUGCAAGAGAGCCAUAAACAUCAAAGCCAACAAGGCAAUAUUCCCGAAUCCAGAAGCAGUUAUGAAAUUUCUGGCCCACCAUAUUCUGUAAAAGGUGGGACAAGCGCACAUGAAGCUGAAAAUGCCUUUGUCUGGAGUUCAGAGAAUAUAGUCAACGGGGAAAAUGCUUUCAGUGGUAAAUCAGUAGAAUUAGAUUGUUCUGGGGUUGCAUUAGCAAAAGAAUGCACGAAAGUUAGAAGUUCAUUGCAGUCUGUAGGACCCAAAAUAUCUAAGUCACCUAAAUCAACAGUGAAAGUGUCUGGGGAACGAUUGCACCAUGAAAUGGAGAGAAAAGGACAAAUUCCUGAUCAAUUAAGUAACAUUCUGGCACCAGGAAUCAAUGGAGCUGCCAGCAUAGGAGUUAUGGGGAUGAUGAGUUUACGGAAGUCAUCUAAGCUUGCCAGGCAGGAUUUUGCUGCAUGCUAUGGUGAUAGACAUAAGAAGAUAAAGAUGCUGUUUCCUUACGAAGAAUUUGUAAAUUUCUUCCAGUGUGAAGUCUUCGACUUAUCGCCAAGGGGCCUUCUAAAUUGUGGAAACAGCUGCUAUGCUAAUGCUGUUAUGCAGUGUUUAACCUUCACGAAGCCUCUCAGCAUCUAUUUGCUUCAUGGAUAUCAUUCAAGAACCUGUUACGGGAAAGAUUGGUGUCUUAUGUGUGAGCUUGAGCAACAUGUUAUGCUGUUAAGAGAUGGUGGAGGCCCCUUGUCACUUAGUAGGAUCCUUUUGCACAUCCGAAGUACUAAUGGGCAGAUGGGUGAUGGAAGUCAGGAAGAUGCACACGAGUUCUUGAGACUCUUGGUUGCUUCAAUGCAAUCUAUAUGCUUGGAGAGGCUAGGCGGGGAACAAAAGGUCGACCCCAGGCUGCAGGAAACGACAUUUAUACAGCAUACUUUUGGAGGGCGUCUUAGGUCAAAGGUGAAGUGUCUAAGAUGUUCUCACGAGUCAGAAAGAUAUGAAAGCAUUAUGGACCUUACUUUGGAGAUAUACGGUUGGGUUGAGUCACUGGAAGAUGCAUUAACUCAGUUUACAACACCUGAAGAUUUGGAUGGAGAGAACAUGUACAGAUGUGGAAGGUGUGCUAGUUAUGCUCGAGCUAGGAAGCAAUUGCGCAUACACGAGGCUCCUAACAUUCUGACAAUUGUCUUAAAGAGGUUUCAGGAGGGAAAAUAUGGGAAAAUAAACAAGUGUAUUACUUUUCCUGACAUGCUGGAUAUGGUUCCUUUCAUGACUGGAACGAGUGACAUCCCUCCACUUUACACGCUUUAUGCUGUCGUGGUGCAUUUGGAUACACUCAAUGCAUCUUUUUCUGGACACUAUGUGUCAUACGUAAAAGAUUUGCGAGGCAGCUGGUUCAGGAUAGAUGAUACUGAGGUACAUCCAGUCUCAAUGAGCCAAGUGAUGUCUGAGGAUGCAUACAUCUUAUUUUACAUGAGGUCAUACCCUCGCCCUCAAAGAGCAAUCGCUGAAAAGAUCAAGCAAGCUCCUGCUAGGCUCAUCGCUUCGAAAAUGGAGAAGCCGUCACGGUCAUCACAAAGCAAAUCGAGCAGCCACUCUGUUGGCCACAAGCUUUACCCAGAUUCCAGGCCUGAAAUCGCUUCAGGCUGUAUCAACCGCAACUCUAAUGGCAUUCUCAGGCAGAAUGCAAAUAGUAACAUUCAUCGAGUGGUAGAGAUGUAUGCUGAGCGAACCAAUUUGAAGUUCUCUGAUGCUACGUCUAGCGAUUGGUCCCUUUUCACAAGCUCAGACGAGGCUUCUUUUACGACAGAUAGUGCUCGAGACUCUUUCAGUACUGCUGACCAUACCGAUGCAAGCAAUGGAGAUCCAUUCUCAAUCUUCAAUAACUUGUACACUCCAGACUCAUCCUCUUGCGACACAGUUUCGUGCAGAAUGUUUUCAACUAGUAGACCCCAUACGAGGUAUGUCAUAGAGGAGAAGGGCUAUGUUCUGGAUUCCUACUCGGCCCAACUAAUGAACCGAGAUCAAGAGAACUUCAAACAGGUAUGUGAUUCUUUGACAGAUUUUUCUUUAGAUACUGACCAUGAUAUGUUUGUAAAACAUGGGAGUAACCCGGAAAGUACUUUUGAUAGAACUUAUGCCCAUUGUGAAUGGUAGUUCAUGGAAUAUCCAAGUGAUUAAAAUAGUGACUUAGCCAAGUUAAAGGUGUCGCCUCAAUUUUUGUUUUUCAAUGGCUUUGUUGAUUGAGGCAUGUAGAUCAUAUGAAAGAAACCCAAAUGAAAGUAUUAUUUCAUAUUUUCUGAAA